AUGAAGCUGCGGUUAAUACGAAACUGCGCAAAAAGAAUAGACAACGCCAGAGCGGGACAACAAUACGUGGUGGGGCGUCAUCCAACCUUCGCUGAACCAUCUGUUUCUGUUCGCCAGAUCUGUUCUGUGUUUGUGGGUUUAUGGCUAACUAAACACCCAACAAUGUACCAAGACCAAGGCUCUGAGCACAUUGAAAUAGACCAGGACUCGGAAAGCAGAUCUUGCAGCCCCAAGAUGUUCUAUAAACCAGACGAGAAGACGGUCAUUCAAAAGAAGUCAUUCUGCAUAGACGCCUUACUGUCAAAACACGACGAGAAAACUCAAAAAUAUAUGGCGCUAAUGAACAAGAACUAUAUCACAAGGUACAAUGAGUAUCAGGAAAAUGUGGAGGGAUUCGAGAGGGAGCGAGUCAGUGAGAGUCCCAAGAGUGGGAGCAGUAGAAGUCUGUCUCCAGGGUCUGAGGAGGGGAACAGAUCUGAGACAUAUAGUCCGCCUAUUUCCCCAGGAGUUGAAGGUGGCGGAGAGGAAUAUGAAAGUUAUAGACCUGGUAUCGUGCCGAAACCAGGUCUCUUACCCCAAAACCCCGCACUGGUAGCGGCCCAGUCAGCGCUCUUCAACUAUCCUCAAGUAAACCCCAUGCCCCAGGGCCCCAUGCCUUCAGCCUUCCAUCACCCUGGGGAUAGAGUUCUGCAUCACAUGCAGCUCGAAUGGUUGGCAAGGACGGGGAUGUUUUAUCAUCGGAUACCGGAAUUGGGCGGUGCACCGCACGCUUUACUAGGCAAGACCCGACGGCCGCGGACCGCGUUCACUUCACAACAACUCCUAGAACUCGAGAAGCAAUUCCGAAUGAACAAAUAUCUUUCACGACCGAAGAGAUUCGAAGUGGCAACCAGCUUGAUGCUGACGGAAACACAGGUAAAAAUAUGGUUCCAAAACCGCAGGAUGAAGUGGAAACGCUCGAAAAAGGCACAACAAGACAGCAAAAGCAAGGACUCCCAUCCGAGUGAGGAGAAAAACAAAAAAGAGGUUCUACCCGACCAUGACAAACAACCUCCACAAAUGGCGGGCGAUUUGACACCAGCUGUCAAACCACCUCCCCUGCUAGACAGAGAGAGGAUGAUCGCAUUGGAGCGGGAGAGGGCGAUGGCGGCGGCAAACUUUAAUUCGAAUUUGGAAAACAAUAGACGCGGGCUAGUUAUGAGCCAAGAUGGCCGACCGGGUAUAGAUAUGUUUAGGCCUUAUGUAGUAUGA